AUGAAGGGGCCUUCCAGUAAGACUAAACCCAAUGCUGGAGAACCAAAGGCACCGGAGGACGCACCAAAGAAAAGGGGUAGGAAAGUUGUGAUUAUCGAAGAAUCAGAGGAAGAAGAAACUCCUCCCGAGAAACCAGAAAAUCUCAAUGGACCAAAGAAAACUUUGAAAAAUAAUCAAAAAUUACUUGAAAGAAAUGAUGAUGUCGAGGAUCCUAAUCCAAGGCACAAACAAUUACCGUAUCUCGGUAUCCCAGACUUAAAUAGUAACGCGAAAGAAUCGGUUGAAGAGUAUGACCCAGUGCCUUUCUAUAAGAAGCGCCCGAUAGCAUACAAGCAUUUAGCUCCAAUAGAAAAUGUUAAAAAUGAGGAACAAGCGUUGAACAGUCUGUUAAAAGCACCUGUUACUCUAAGCGCGGAAGUACUUAUGAGCAUUUCUCCUGGAGUAAGGCAAGAAUUGUUUAAGGCCUUAGCUAAAAAGAAGGUACCAAUUCAGACUGCUCACAAUCGAACAGUAACUAUAGUCGAGGAGGUUGAUAAAGACGCACCUCCAAUUAAAAAGCAAGAAGAUAAUUUUAAUUUCGGAAAAAUCAAUAUAAAUGACUUGGACAUCAAAGCCACUUUUAUGUGCACAACAGAGGAUGAUGGAGUAAUACCAAAGGGUUCUAUAGUCCUGACAGAUCCUGUUGAGCAAUAUUUGCAAGAGUCCCAUGCUUUAAAAUCGAUAUAUCCAGUAAUUAAUAAGUUUGGUCAAGUAGAGAGCUUGUUGGAUGGUGGCUCACAAAUUGUAUCAAUGGAUGCGGAGGUUGCUAAGAAAUUAGCAGUCCCUUGGGAUCCUGAUAUAACCAUUCAAAUGCAAAGUGCAAAUAGAACUGUGGAAAAGACCCUUGGUCUCGCCAAAAAUGUCCCAUUUAACUUCGGAGGAAUUACGAUUUACCUGCAAGUGCAUGUAAUACGGGACCCAGCCUAUAAAGUACUAUUGGGCAGGCCCUUUGACGUGUUAACAGGGAGCGUGGUCGUAAACUCUACGGACGGAGGACAGACGGUAACCAUAACGGAUCCAAACUCUGGCAGAAGAGCAAUGUUACCCACUUUUGACAGAGGAAAACCACCAGUAAUGAUGAAAAUGCACACUGAAGAGGAUCUUCAACCGAAAACUGAGAAAGUUUUUCAACCCUUGAUGAUUUGA